AUGGCGGACAGCAGCGGCAGCUAUCGACGACCGUGGCUUGUGCUCAUCAUAAAAGACGCACCUGCUUCGUUCGACCCUGUUACAGCAACCCUCACGCAUCGUCUUUAUGAUUCCACGAACCCAACCACCAACCUACGGUGGCAUGCAGUGGACGGAGGGGGUCAGCCUCCAGACGAUAGUGGUGAUGCAGCCAUCGGGAAGGAAAUGGAGAUGGAAGAAGGUGGUUCGAACCCACCGAGCACAGCAGCAGCAGCAGCAGCGAAGAGGCGACGACUCUUAUCCUCGUCGGCAGCUCCGUCUUCAGCGGCAUCGGCGCAGCGGCGGCUGUGGGUAAGAACCCGACAGCGUUGGAGGUUGCCCGCUAGCCCCUGA